AUGGCGGCCCUGUUGUUGAGACACGCCAGUCGCCACUGCCUCCGCGCCCACCUCAGCCCCCAGCUCUGCAUCCGGAAUGCCAUCCCCUUGGGCACGACGGCCAAGGAGGAGAUGGAGCGGUUUUGGAAGAAGAACACCAGCUCGACCCGCCCCGUGUCCCCCCAUAUCACCAUUUACAGCUGGUCCCUGCCCAUGAUGAUGUCCAUCACCCACCGCGGCACCGGUGUGGCCCUCAGUGCAGGCGUCUCCCUCUUCGGCCUGGCGGCCCUGCUGCUGCCCGGCUCCUUCGAGUCUCAGCUGGAGCUGGUGAAGUCGCUGAGUCUGGGCCCGGCGCUGAUCUGCACGGCCAAGUUCGCCCUGGCCUUCCCCUUCAUGUACCACACCUGGAACGGGGUCCGCCACCUGGUGUGGGACCUGGGGAAAGGCCUGAAGAUCCCCCAGCUCUACCAGUCGGGAGUGGCCGUCCUGGUCCUCACUGUACUGUCCUCCGUGGGGCUGGCCGCCCUGUGAGGUGCCCCCCCCCCC